ACAGAAAGACACGAGUCGUGAUUAAAGUGGCUCCAGUCGGGAGCGCUGUUAGCUGCUGGAUGAGAGAAGCGGGAACGCGGCGACGGACGUGAAGCCGGGACGCUGAACGGUAGCCGCGAACGAGUCGGUUCAUUUGAACCGGCUCUUUAAAUCAGUAGAGUCGAGUACACAAGUAGCCUACAAAUAAAUAUUUUUUCUUGAGUCCGUGUUGUGAGCUAAAGACUUCGAAUGCAUUUGAUAUGAAAAAUAGCCUAGUGAUUCACAAAUUAACCACAUGGCACCACAGAACACCACAUUUAAAACAAUGAAACUGGAUUCGAUUCUUUCUGAAAACUGCUGACUUUUUGUGUUAAGUCUCUGUGUAUAAGUUUUUCUUCUGCCUCCCUGAACUGUGCAGCGGUCUUUGAGAAAGAGAUCAGGAUAAAGUUGUCUCGAGAUGAAUCACCUAAUCGAAUCUGACGUUCGAAGAAAGAGUCGGUUCAGUAAACUGAGUCGAGCUGAGCCAUCGCUCCUCCGCGGCCACAUCCAACGUCAUCGGUGGCGCCGCUGGGUUAGAAUGAGGCGCGAGCUCCGGUCCAGUCCUGCUCGUUUCUCUCCGCUCACACGUAACGGCAUCGAUCAUGAGGAAGCACAGCGUGGGAAGGCUGGGAGGGAAAGAGAGAAGCACAAAAGAGGUGCAGAGGAAUUUCGUGCCAGGUCAGAACGCAUCUGACCCAAGCGGAUGCUGAAGUUGUAUGGAGGGGGCUAGUGGGCUGAGAUCAGGCUACUUCACGCAGAAGACGGACUAGGGAAAGUUGGAGGCUGCCUGAGCCGCAUUUCUCGCGUUGCUCGCAGCGCUGGAGACUCGCUCGCUCCAGCCCCGGCGCCGUCUCUCCUCCGGCUUCCUCAGAGAGGACCGUAAACAUGGCAGUGUCCAACAUGGUCUUUUCCGACGUUGAAACUUUUCUUGACAACCACCCCGAGCUGUUCGAGGACUACCUGAUCAGGAAAGGGAAGUACAGCAUGGUGGAGAAAUGGCUCAAAAACCACCAGGCGAGUAAAAGCGCCGGGAAUGCCAGCGCGGAGCCGGAUAAGCCGAGCGCGUGCAAGGACAGCUGGGCGAGUAAAGGCGACGGGCUCCAGAGGCGGGCGUCGCAGAAAGAGCUGCGCAAAACUUUCGCCAGGUCCAAAGCCGUGAACGCCAACAGGACGUACGACGAGCACGUCAACUCGCGGGCUCAGGAGCCGCUGACCAGCAUGCGGAGGCGCGCGCUGCUUAGGAAAGCCAGCUCGCUGCCCCCGACCACGGCGCACAUCCUGUCCGCGCUGCUCGAGUCCCGGGUCAACAUCCCCCAGUACCCGUCCACCGCCGUGGACUUCAAGUAUUACCUUAAAGAGCACAACGAGAGAGAGUUCUUCCUAGAACUGGUCAAAGACAUUUCCAACGAUUUGGACCUGACGAGCCUGAGCUACAAGAUCCUGGUGUUUGUGUGCAUCAUGGUCGAUGCCGACCGCUGCUCCCUAUUCUUGGUGGAGGGGACGGCCAACAAGAAGACUCUCGUUUCCAAAUUCUUUGACGUGCACGCCGGGACCACCGUGCUGCCCUCCCUCAGCAACUCAGACGAAGUCCAGGUUCCGUGGGGUAAAGGGAUUAUAGGCUAUGUGGCUGAACACGGAGAGACUGUUAACAUCCCCGACGCGUAUCAGGACCAUCGUUUCAGUGAUGAAAUUGACAAGCUGACGGGUUAUAAGACCAAGUCUCUGCUGUGCAUGCCUAUCCGGAACAGUGAUGGAGAGAUAAUAGGAGUCGCACAGGCUAUCAACAAGAGUCCCAGUGGAGCACUCUUCACUGAGGAUGAUGAGAAGGUGUUGCAAAUGUACCUCCCUUUCUGUGGAAUCGCCAUAUCUAAUGCUCAACUCUUUGCUGCAUCCAGAAAGGAGUAUGACCGGAGCAGGGCUCUGUUGGAGGUGGUGAAUGAUUUGUUUGAGGAGCAGACAGACCUGGAGAAGAUUGUGAGGAAGAUAAUGCAUCGUGCUCAAACCCUGCUCAAGUGUGAACGCUGCUCUGUACAGCUACUGGAGGACAUUGAGUCACCGGUUGUGAAGUUCACUAAGUCCUUUGAGUUGCUAUCACCAAAGUGCAGUGCGGACACUGAGAACAGUUUUAAGGAUAGCAUGGAGAAGUCCUCAUACUCCGACUGGCUGAUCAACAACAGUAUAGCAGAGCUGGUGGCCUCCACUGGCCUGCCGGUCAACAUUAGCGAUGCCUACCAAGACCCUCGCUUUGACGCUGAGGCAGAUCAGUUCUCUGGCUUCCACAUCCGCUCAGUCCUGUGUGUGCCCAUUUGGAACAGCAACCAUCAGAUUAUUGGUGUGGCACAAGUCCUGAACAGGUUGGAUGGGAAACCAUUUGAUGAUGCAGAUCAAAGACUGUUUGAGGCGUUUGUGAUAUUCUGUGGGUUGGGGAUCAAUAACACUAUAAUGUACGAUCAGGUGAAGAAAUCCUGGGCCAAACAGUCGGUCGCACUGGAUGUGCUGUCGUACCAUGCUACCUGCUCCAAGACAGAGGUGGACAAGUUUAAGGCAGCUAAUAUCCCUCUGGUGUGCGAGUUGGGCAUCGAUAAGCUGUCCUUUGAUGACUUCUCUCUGGAUGUGGAUGCCAUGAUAACUGCUGCCCUGCGCAUGUUCAUGGAACUUGGGAUGCUGCAGAAAUUUAAGAUAGACUAUGAGACUCUGUGUAGGUGGCUGCUGACUGUAAGAAAGAACUACCGUAUGGUUCUGUACCAUAACUGGAGGCACGCGUUCAACGUCUGCCAGUGCAUGUUUGCCAUGCUUACUACAGCAGGAUUCCAAGAGACGCUGUCGGAGUUGGAGAUUCUUGCUCUAAUAGUGGGCUGUGUGUGCCAUGAUCUGGAUCACAGAGGAACCAACAAUGCCUUCCAAGCCAAGACGGGUUCUGCGCUGUCUCUUCUUUAUGGGACCUCAGCCACACUGGAGCAUCACCACUUCAACCAUGCCGUCAUGAUUCUGCAGAGUGAAGGUCAUAAUAUAUUCUCCAACUUGUCAUCACGGGACUAUGGAGACCUGAUGCAGCUGUUGAAACAAUCCAUCCUGGCUACAGACCUCACACUCUACUUUGAAAAUAGAAGCAGUUUCUUUGAGUUGGUCAAUAAAGGAGACUACAACUGGAACGUUAAAGAACACAGAGAUAUGUUCAGGUCAAUGUUGAUGACAGCAUGUGAUUUAGGAGCCGUGACCAAGCCGUGGGAGAUCUCUCGCAAGGUAGCAGAACUGGUCACCAGUGAGUUCUUUGAGCAGGGUGACAGAGAGAGAUCCGAGCUGAAGCUAACUCCUUCUGCCAUCUUUGACCGUAACCGGAAGGAUGAAUUACCAAGUUUACAGCUGGAAUGGAUUGAUGGUAUCUGUUCUCCACUAUACGAGACUCUUGCCAGAUUGAAUUCUAAACUCCAGCCGAUGAUCGACAUAAUCCAGGCCAACCGCGUAAAGUGGGACGAGCUACAUCAGAAACGGCAACGCAGUCAAGAACUGGUGAAUUCUGACAUUCCCUGUGAGGGCUUGAGCGGCUGCACUUGUUUGGGCACUAGUGACAGUGAUGCCACAAAACCAGCCAGUUAGCUGCCGUCCCGCUGCCUCUGCCCUCUGAUCUGUAACCCAACCGCAGCGCUGAGCAUGUGGGGCGUUUUGGCUCUGCUGUGAGCUUCCAGCCUCUGGAGCACUUAGGAGGCUUUGAUCCCACUGCGCCCCCUCCAGGGUGCAUGUAUGAACUCUCUCUCCACUGUGAGGGAGAACUUUCAGGCAGCUGUGACUGAUCCUUUCUGUUUGGCUGCAGUGCAACUCCUGCACGUUUAGCUAGCACUGGUUUUCUCAACCCAGAGGAGUGGCUGAGAUAUAUUCUAGACUCAGGAAGAGACAGUGUCUUUAGAUCUAGGAUGCUAACAUAAACGCUACAUUGUAAUAGCAGGCCUGUUGUGUUCAGUAGCUCUAUUGCUAGGACUGAGUAUCGCCACUGUUUAAACAAGUAUAUUGUCACUGUAUAGUUUCUUAAUGUUGCUUUGAUCAUGUUAAAUCAAGACAUUUUCAGGGGUGUGUGUUUGGGGGCUUCCUCUGUUUUCUAUUGUACAUAUUUAAUUUGAAAUAACGAGAUAUGCGAGAGUACUGCAUAGUAUGAGUUUUGAUGUUGGGUUUGGCUCUGUUUCUCUGCUGAUUAAUACUGGAUCAGUGGUUUGUUGAGCGUCAAGGCUCGUGGCAAUGCUUGCAAUGCAAAUACAAUACAGUGCUGCUCUUUGUGCCUUGGUUAAAAUCCUUCAUAAAAGAUGCAUGCAGUCCUCUUCCAGCUUCAUAAUUAUCUAGAAACUAUGUUGUAUAUCAUUAAGAGUUGUGCAGCCGGUAUGAUGUCUUAAACUCCCUCUGGAUUUGUGAUGUUGCUGCUUGUGCCUGUUUUUGCUCCAUUAAUUAACUCAGGCAUGGUGUGAAGAGGUCCAUGCAUUACCAUAGAACAUUUACAUUAGCUCGCUCAUCUAUAUUCACACCUUACCUUAUUAGGUUUGAUCCAAGCAUUAGUCAUACUACUUUGCAAACUGAGGUAUAGAAUUAUGCUUUUGUUUGUUGAGUUUUUAUUAGGCUUUUGUGUAGGCUAAACUGCAACCAUAUUAUUGUCAUGAGCCCAGUCUGAUAUACAGAAAGUACAUGUGCCUUUGUAAAGACUACCAAACUACAGAUAAGUGUUUAUCUUAGACAUAAAACUAUUUUUAAUUCAAACCAAGCUAUUCAAUCAAACAAGAAUUACUGAAAUAUUUAGCCUACUUAGUGUGAACCUGCUUGGACUCUAUAUUACUAGUGGAGAUUUAGCAACAUGGACAGUUUUGCAGCUUCUUUCUUACAGAGAUCAUAAAACUAGCAGUACUACUGUCAGAGAAGAAGUAGGACGUAGUGUGAAGAGCUUAUUACUGCUACAGUUGCCGCCUCCUGAUCACAUACAUAAGCUCACCUGACUAUGAAAUCCGCCAAACAGACUGGGCUAACCAAGAAUAACUAAGAGCCAAAUAACUGAUCUGUAAACCUACAGAGCUCAGUGUCGCUAGCUGCUAUGUGAAGCUUCUCUGCUGCCCUUCAUGCCCGCUGCCAUAUGGUCACACACACGCAUAAUCCCAUUCAGUGGUUGCGCUGAUACUCAGGUGCAGGAAAUGUGAUUCUACCUGAGCUGCAGCUACAUCCAAACUAAUUUCAGACUGUUACUCACUAAUACAGCAGUUCCAAUGAGCUGAUCAACUCUGCCUUCACAUGGCUUUGUACAGAUUGUUGUUUUUAACAGCCAGUUUGUAUUGUGUAACAUUUACAUAUGAAAAAAAUGCACAUAAAUAUAUUACUCACAAUGAAUGUCCAUAGAGAUGCUCUACAGAGGAACAUUAAAAGGACAUUAAAAUACAAAACACAGUACUAGACACACUGAUCUGUGCUGAAGAAUCUAAUUUAAAUCACAUCCACUGAAACCCCUAAUUUCCAUUGUGCGUACCUGCUUUGAACUCUUUUGCUAUAUCUGUUUUCCUAUGAUAUCUGGUUGCAGUUUGAAAUUGUGUUUGUGGCAUUGUGAAAGUGAAGACUGAAGCAUUGCAAUGCUGUUUGUUGCAUGGGUCUUCCUGUUCUGGGGAAAUUAAAAUGAAUAACAUACUAAUUGAUAAUGGGACAAAUAAAACUGCAUGAAGAAAUAACUGCUCUAGAUGUAGCAAUGAAAAAUGACAAAUGAAUUACCUCUAAUAUCGAGAUUUAUAGAUAAUUUUAUCACAAUCUUUUACUUUAAUGUGCGUGCAUGGGUAAUGAUAUUGCACCAUAACAGAGAAAAUACUCUCUUGCCAUGUAAUUAAAUUCUGUAAGAUUAUUAUGUUUUUUUUUACAUGGCCUAUGCUUUUUGGGUAACUAGCAUUUGAAUUAUUAUUCUCUGUCGAACUGAGUAAAUACUCACUCUGGAGUCCUCAUAUUCUUUUGGUUAAGCACUUUUUGUUUCAAGGGUCAGCAGAAACUGGAGGUGUCUUGGAAGCAUGUUAUUUGGAAAUGUGAAGCAUUCAAUUCAAUUAAACGUGCUGCUGGUAAA